UGGUAUCAUGAGGCUUGUUUUAAUUCACGCAAUUAUAGCAGUGUUUCUCUUCCUAGUCCCUUGCUUUUGUAAAGGAACAGAUAUGUCAUUACUAAUUAGAAAAUUAAAUAAGUUUUCGGCAUCCACUAAGUAUGCAUUACAUCAAAUACUGGAAGCCCAAAAAGAGUUACAGGACAGUCUGGAUUAUCAACAACAACUUAGGGAUUUGAAAACAGUCGUGGAGAGCCAAGCAAAAGAAAUUGGAUCCUUAAAAGCUAGUUUGAAAAAUAUUUCAUCUGAAACAAAAAGUGCUGGUGCAGUUUAUACACGUUGGGGAAGAUAUGAAUGUCCACAGAACGAUACGGAACUUGUUUAUAAAGGUUUUACAGGGAGUAGUUAUGAAACACAUACAGGUGGGUCGGUCAACUACAUCUGUUUGCCUUACGAUCCUUUAUGGGGCAAGUAUAAUGACGUCAUGAAGAACGACAAUCAGAAUUUACAUGGUGUAGAGUAUGCCGGUAAUAGUAUAAACAUUAGUGGGACUCCAUUUGACAGCAAACUACGAGGACAUGGCGUCCCAUGCGCUGUUUGUCGGAGCACCAAGCGAAGCUCAGUUUUAAGAAUUCCAGGCAGGAAUAAAUGUUACAAAGACUGGCAUCUGGAGUACGCUGGCUAUCUCAUGGCUGACAAAUUCACCCAUGCGUCAGCGACGGAGUACGCAUGCGUUGAUGAACAACCAGAGAAGUCCAAGACGGGUCCUGUUUCGAAGGGAGGUCAAUACUUCUACCCGGUAGAAGCACAUUGUGGGCAUUCGCUUCAAUGUCCGCCAUACGUACAUGGAAGAGAAAUUACCUGUGCUAUAUGCACAAAGUAAGGAGGAAACUCAAUCCGUAAAGUUUCUGAUAACGGAUCCAGUUUGCUUUGAUGUAUA